AUGAGCGUCGCGACCGCCGAGAAAUCAUUCCACCACUUCUGCGAGAAGUUUUCGGCGGCGCUCUGGGACACGUGGGUUAAACUCCCGGUUGGAGACGAGCUGAAGGAGGUGGAGCGGGUCUUUCGGAAGAGCGGCUAUCCGGGGGCGAUAGGUUCGACGGACUGCACUCACUUCAGGUGGCCAGGCGGACCCUCUUCGGAGGCUCGCAUGAACACCGGCAAGGAGGGCUACCCGACUGUGGUCGUGGAGGCGACAUGCGACCACACCGGCCGCAUCAUCGCAGCGACCAAGUCAUAUCCAGGAUCGGCGAACGACAAGACCAUCAUCCAACGCGACAAGUCCAUCUGGCGAAUCCGAGACGAGGAGCCGUGGAGCAGUCUCAAGUACAAGUUGUACAACGCGGACGGCUCGGAGACGGAGUACAAGGGUGCCUGGCUAGUCGUGGACGGGGGCUAUCAGAAGGUGAAAACCGUACUCGCUGUAAUCGUGAAGAUCGAUGACGGCAUCUAUUUUUCGGAAAGCCGUAGAUGUGUCGCCGUUUUUUUGUUCCCCUUACGGCCGUUGUUGUCGUUCGGGAAAACACGGAUCAAAUAA